CGUGGCUCAUAUUUAUUUUUAACUACGUAAAUCUCGAACAUAUGGAAAAAUAGUAAAGGAAAAAAUAAAAUAAAAUUAAACUAAGGCGUUGUGUCUAAUGGAAAACUAAAACUGCACGCAAUAAUCCGCAGCUGCGAAACUUAAAAAGUAAAGACACGUCAAAACCUAUGCCUCUGAGCGUAAGCAUAGAGGGUUGCGAGGAGCCGCCAUGCAUAGUCUAUAAAGGCCAAACAUCCAUUAUUGCAGUACACUUUGUGAGCACCAAGGACAAUAUUCGAAAUCUCACAGCGCAGUGCUAUGCUACGACUUUGGGUAUAACUGUACCUUAUGAAUUGCCUGAAGAUGUGGCAGAUGUUUGCCAAAAUCUCUUAUAUGGCGCCAUGUGCCCCCUCUAUGCAACCGAAGAUAUUGUGUAUGAUUUCCAGUUUUACGUCGACACCUACUAUCCGGAAAUUGCAGUUACCAUUGAACUGAAUUUAACCGAUGCAGAUGACGAUGUAAUAGCCUGCUUCAGUACGAGUAUUCGUGUGCGUAAGGGCACUCGAACGAAUGUUAUAACAGACUCUAUAACUAAUAAUACAAAUCACAUUUGGAGUUAAUCCAUUAAGGUGUAUAUCGUUGCAGAA